AUGGGCUGCCUCAAUCAACAUAAAUCAUCGGAGCCAUGGCUUUUCAAGUUGCGGUCGUCGGAAGGGUUCAUCAUCUUUGUGAUCUCUAUUGCUAUGUUAACUGAUAUGCUUCUUUAUACACUGAUCAUACCAAUUCUCCCAAAAAUUCUGGUUUCGCGUGCAGGUGUCCCGGAGGAGGAUGCUCAAUUUUGGAUAUCGAUACUUCUCGCUGCCUACGGUGCUACGCUUCUAUUGGGAUCCCUUCUAUUUGGAUACUUUUCAGACCAGUUUGGAUCACGAAGGGCUCCGUUCACCUUGGGCCUCGGAGCACUAUGUGCUUCCACCCUUCUCUUCGCAAUUGCACGCACGCCUUUAAUGCUAGUUCUUGCCAGGGCCUUCCAAGGCCUGUCAUGUGCUGCGGUCGGGGUGAUUGGCCUAGUGUUAAUCGUUGACAACGUUGCUCAGGAGCGUAUUGGAGAAGCCAUGGGCUAUACAACAAUAGGAAUGACGGCGGGUGGUCUUCUUGGGCCUGUGAUAGGAGGCGUCGGCUAUGAUUUCAUAGGAUAUUAUGGAGUCUUCGUUUUGCCAACAGUACUGAUUAUCUUUGAUAUCAUACUGCGGCUUGCAAUGAUUGAGCGGAGGGCUAUCAAUCAACCACUUGGUGAUGAACCAGCUGAAGAUACAGAACACGAUACCCACGGCACGUCGCCUGACCUCGAUCCAGCUUUCCGCAGCCAACAAGAUGAGAUUGCGCGUCUAAUACCAACACGCUCUCGUGGUGUCAAUAAUGGCAAGAAGGCUGGCGUGUUGCUUCUCUUACGCUCACCGCGUUUACUAGUUUCCCUCCUUUCUGCGCUUAUGCUUUCUUUGAUCCUGACGAGCAUGGAGACGACUGUUCCACUUUAUGUGAUGGAGAUAUUCCACUGGACUCCAAGCGCUGUCGGGUUAAUAUUUCUUGCGUCCGCUAUCUCAGACUUGUCUGGGUCGCUUAUAGGACGACUUGUGGACCGAUUCGGAGGACGGCGCCCAGCGUUCCUUGCCUUUGUGCUGGCCGGAGCAGCAUUCUUUUCUCUGCGAUUCAUACAACAUAAUAACACUUUUGAAAAGGUUCUUCUGGGUAUCCUAUUUGCGCUUAUCGGCCUCGGAGUCAUGACUGUCCAGAUCGUUGCCAUGACUGAGAUUUCCCAAGUAGUUUAUGAUUACGAAGCUCAAUCUCCGGGUAUUUUCGGUGACAAAGCCCCCCUGGCUCAGGGUUACGCCCUAUUUAAUAUGGCAUAUGCCAGUGGACAAUUUUUGGGGCCAAUUAUUGCCGGGUCUCUGCGUGUUCGAGCCGGCUGGGCAGGAAUCACGCUCUUCUUCGGGAUUCUCGGUGUAGUAUGCGCCAUUCCUGUCGGCAUUUGGAGUGGAUCAUCAUCCAGUGAAUCACAAAGUGAUGAUGACGGUGUUCAUGCUCAAGUCUGA